AUUUAGUCAUAUAUAGAUGUAUAUUACGGUUUUGAAGCAAAAAUACAAAACCAGGAACUAGAUGCCUUCAGAAAAUACUAAUUCUCAAGCCCCCGGCAGAAGUUCUUCAUGGCCAUCUCUCUUCACUAUUUUCUUAUGGUUCUUAGUACCUGUAAUACUCGCCUCCGUCGCAGUUUUUCAGCUAGACUCGUUUGACCCGUCUCCUAUGCCGAUUCACGAGUUGACUCAGCCUCCGACUAAUGUGUCCAUUACGCGAACUCACAUCCUUCGAGGAUCAGAAUUUUUGGGUAAGGGGCUCUUGCAAGGUCCAGAAGAUAUAGUAUAUGACACCAAGUCUGGACUCGUUUACACAGGCUGUGGAGAUGGGUGGAUUAAGCGAGUUACGGUCAACGAAUCGGUGGAUGACUCGGUUGUGGAAAACUGGGUUAACACGGGUGGUCGACCGCUUGGACUUGCCUUGGGAUUCGGCGAUGAAGUUGUGGUAGCCGAUGCUUUCGAGGGGUUAUUGAAGAUUAAUGGUGAUGGUAAAGUUGAGGUUCUAACAAAUGAGGCAGAGGGUGUCAAACUAAAAUUUGUAGAUGGUGUGGAUAUAGCAAAAGAUGGGAUGAUCUAUUUUACAGAUGCUUCAUCCAAGUAUGAUUUUCAUGGAUUUAUAUUUGAUAUUUUGGAGGGUAAGCCCUAUGGUCGAUUGCUCAGCUAUGACCCUGCCACCAAGGAGACCAAAGUCUUGUUUCGCGAUCUUCACUUCGCCAAUGGAGUUGCAGUCUCCCCGGAUCAACAAUUUCUAGUCGUCUGUGAAACCCCCAUGAGAAGAUGUAGAAAGUAUUACAUUGAAGGAAAUAAAAAAGGACAGGUUGAGAGUUUUAUAAGCCUUCCGGGGUUACCUGAUAACAUUCAUUAUGAUGGACAGGGGCAAUUCUGGAUUGCUUUAUCAGCAGGAAACUCAGCAUAUUGGGACACUUCAUAUAAGUAUCCUUUCAUCAGGAAGAUUAUGGCAAUUCUGAUAAAGCUGAUAGGACCAAUAUAUUCAGCAAACCAUGGUGGUUUUUUUGUUGUGGAUUUGGAAGGCAAUCCAAUUGCACAUUACUAUGAUCCUAGUUUGAGAUUUACUUCAUCGGCUGUCAAGAUUAGAGCUCACAUUUAUAUGGGUUCCAUUGAAGCUCCCUACAUCCUCCGUAUCAACCCUCACAACCCUAUCAUCUCUUAAAACUAAUCAAGUGUUGAUGCACAAGGAUCGAAUCAUCAAAAGAUACUACAUUUGGUCAAGUUGAAAUAAUUCAAUUUUUUUAUAUAAUAAGUUUGAUGUGACAAUCAAUGUCGAUAGAAUAUACUGCUAUUUACAUAAGGCGUUACAUCAUAUUAAUAUGGUGAUUGACGUGGAAGUAUAAUCUUGUCGUCUGACUUGUAGUCGUAGAUUUGGGAGGAGCUCCGAAUGGAUAAUAUGGUUUCAUCA